UCUGUGGCUGCGUAGACCGGGCCAGUUUAUAAGACGAGGCGCAAACUUCUCGCGCCAGCUCAGAACAAGCAACCAAGCCACUGAGCACAUUGGGACUGGAUUGUGUGGUGCUAACAAAAGCUACGGGUCCUUUUUCUAUUUAUAAUGUUGUUCUGAGACUUUUCCCCACAUUUUGACAAUACAUCUUAUACGCCCAGGAUUACUUCAAGAGAGCAUCACUUUGAGGCUCUCCGUUUUCUAAAAUACAAGACUUGGGAAUAUAAUGCCAAGGAAAGGGCAAACGACUGAAACAGACCUCACAGUUGAUGUCCCCAAGCUGAAUGCAACGCGAUCACGAAAAAGGAAGGCAGAUGUUGCUAUUCAUUUACAAGAUCCAGAUGAAGAGGUGGUGGAAAUGACCAAAAAGAAACAAUGUGGAGGCCAGGCAUGUUGGAAUCCUGACGUCGCGUACACAAACCCUUGCCAGAGGAUCCCCACACCAGACGAGGAAGUGGAGAAGGUUACCGCCAGCCAUGUGGGGUUCACAGACUGUCAUUUCAGAAAUAUCCUCGUCACUCCUACGAGGGCAUCCCCUCUUCCAAGCCUUCGUUGGGCAAGCAAAGAUGAUGUCUGGAACAAUCUUUUGAAGAAGGAUGAGGCCUACAUCCAUGAUAUCCAUGUCAUGGAUCGGCAUCCUAGCCUCCAGCCGAAGAUGAGGGCGAUCCUGCUGGAUUGGCUGAUGGAGGUAUGUGAAGUAUAUAAGCUACACCGGGAAACAUUUUAUCUGGCCCAGGACUACUUUGAUCGAUUCAUGGCCACACAAACCAACGUGCUUAAAAGCACAUUGCAGCUCAUCGGUAUCUCGGCUCUCUUUAUCGCUGCUAAGAUGGAGGAAAUUUACCCUCCCAAGCUCCACCAGUUUGCAUAUGUUACUGAUGGGGCCUGCAUGGAAGAGGAGAUUCUGGCCAUGGAGAUGAUCAUCAUGAAGGAGCUGAACUGGAGCCUCAGCCCCUUGACGCCUGUGUCGUGGCUGAACAUCUAUAUGCAGGUGGCCUACCUGAAGACAGAGGAAGUUCUCAUUCCCCAGUACCCAGAGACGACAUUUGUACAGAUUACAGAGCUAUUGGACCUGUGCACAUUGGACAUUAAAAGUCUGGAGUUCUCCAGCGGUCUCCUCGCUGCCUCAGCCCUGUUUCACUUUUCUUCUCUGGAGCUAGUGGAGAAAGUUUCAGGGCUGAAGUGGAGUGAGUUGGAGAAGUGUGUAAAGUGGAUGGUGCCGUUCGCCAUGUCCAUAAGGGAGAUGGGCAACAGCGGCCUCAAGACCUUCAAAGGGGUCGCGCCUGAAGACAUGCACAACAUUCAGACUCAUGCGGCCUAUCUGGACUGGCUGGGUAAGGUGUACACGUAUCAGACGGUGGACCUAGAGCGAAGCCAGAGCUCACCUGUUCCCUCCGGGGUUCUCACGCCUCCCCCCAGCAGUGAGAAGCCUGACGGGGCAACACCCUGAACAGAAACCCCACCCCGCCCCCAACUAGUUUAUAAAAUGGUGGACCAAAAUUGUGGGAGGUGCCUAAAUGAACUGCUGAUGGUUCCGUGCAUGAAACUCAUCAACUCACACAAGGUUGCCACCUAAAAUGUGCACAGGACUUUAAAUCCAGUUUCUAUUCUAUCAGACUUGAAUUGGCUCCUGUUGGGAGUUCCUUUUUUAUUGCUUUUUUGUCAAUUGAUUUCUGUUUUUUUAAUGGAAAUUUUUAAUUGAUUACACAACGGAAAGGAUGCAUUGUAAAGUAACUCCAGGCUGUACCCUCUCUGCCAAGGAACAUUUAAAAGAAAAAAAACAAAUCAGAGUUGCUAAAAAGCUCUGACUGCUGCUAGAAACGAGGGGUAGGAUACAGACAGAUGGACGAAUGCAGAAGACCCUGCUCGGAUUUUGGCUGGCUGGGUGGCUGUGUGUUUGGGGCGGGUUUUGAGUUGCGCGUUGGCCCAUGCUGCCUCACUGCCAUUUUGGACUUUGGAGAUACGGCCUGGCCAGCAGGUUGCUGCAGAGACCCCCACCCCCAAGUGGACCAGCGGCCAAGCCCCAGAGCAGAGGAAAACGCCAGCUUCAGAAGCUUAGACUGUGGUCUCUUAUUUAACUUUGACUCGUACGGAAGGCCUCUCAACCUCCCCACCCCUACCUUCUUCCCCCACGAGACAGAAUUUACCAAAAUGAACAAUUUAUUUUCAUUUGUGUUUUUUGUUUUGUUUUUAUUAUUAUUUUAAACAUGACAUGCUGCUACUUUUGUGUACUGUUUUUAAAUAAAGGCUCUGUCGCAAGACAGCACUUAUGUUUUAA